AAUAGAAGAGCUUGAAGCUUCUGCAAAAUACACCGACAUCUCAACUAUCCCCUCUAAAAAUCCAGUGUUAAAGUUCCCUCAAACGAGAGAAAGCAUAGACAUGGCAAACCAAUCUACCCAGGAGGUUAUUGAAGAAUUGAAGAAACUUCUCAGUGAAAAAGGAGACCUAGACUGUGAGGUUCAGGGGAAAAUUGAAAGGCUGAUUGCUGAAUACUCUGGAGUCGGUGCUGUCAUUGAAUAUGCUGUUGGUAGUCUUGAGGUAAGAAACAUCCUGGUUAUUGGACAUAGCAAGUGUGGUGGGAUAGAACGGCUCAUGACUCUCCCAGAGGAUGGUUCUAAUGAAUUUGACUUCAUUGAUGAUUGGGUCAGAAUUGGUUUAUCAGCGAAGGAAAAGGUCCUGAGUGAGAACCCAAACCUGUCACUAGACGAACAAUGCAAACUGUGUGAAAAGGAAUCGGUGAAGAACUCGGUGAGAAACCUGUGGAGUUAUCCAUAUGUGAGGAAGGCAGUGAUGGAUGGAAAUCUGAAAUUGUGGGGAGGUUACUAUGACUUUAUCCAUGGGAAGUUCGAGCUUCUGGAGGAUGCACAUGUCAUUCCUGUUGUACCGGCCUGAUUCUCAAAAUGAGCAUUGAAGAAUAAGCAUCACUAUUGUGUUUACUUCCUUCUUCUUGUUCAGGAAUAAAACAGAGCUGCUAAGUUCUGAGCUUGCUAUUUUAUAACUUUUUUUCCUUUUUGGUCAAGAAUAAGUUGUAUAACAUAAAAUGUUUACGUCCAUGACUCUAUGUUGGAUCAUUAAUGAUGAAAUGUGAAAUGUGGGAUGAUUCCUUGCCUAUUAUGAGCAAUCCUUUCGUGCCAAAUUUCCAGUUGAU